GGCCUACCCUCCAUUGAAAAAAGAGGCUCGAGUCGAGACUGAAAACGUUGUCGGUGCAGUGUGAUUGUUUACACAUAGGCCUAUCAUCAAUUUUUUAAUAUAAUAAAUGGCCUCGACUUUACUGUCACCCAUGGUGGAUUAUUAUAACGACGAGGAAGAUCUAGACAGUGUGGAUGAAGACGAAGAUCGCAGUUUCAGAGGCAGAGACUCGGAAGAAGACACAGAAGAUGCCAGUGAAACAGAUCUGGCCAAACAUGAUGAGAACGAUUGUGUUGAAAUCAAAGAACAGAUGUAUCAAGACAAACUGGCAUCGCUGAAAAGACAGCUUCAACAACUGCAAGAAGGCACACUGCAGGAGUACCAGAAGAGAAUGAAGAAGCUUGAUCAGCAGUAUAAAGAGAGACUUCGUAGCGCUGACCUCUUUCUACAACUUGAGACAGAGCAGGUGGAGAGGAACUACAUCAAAGAGAAAAAAGCAGCGGUGAAGGAAUUUGACGAUAAGAAAGUGGAACUGAAGGAAAAUCUUAUUGCAGAGCUGGAGGAGAAGAAGAAGAUGAUUGAGAAUGAGAAAUUAACUAUGGAGCUGACAGGAGAUUCCAUGGAGAUGAAACCUAUUAUGACCCGGAAGCUCCGGAGACGACCCAAUGACCCUGUGCCCAUUCCAGACAAGCGGAGAAAGCCUCCACCUGCUCAGUUAAACUAUUUACUCACUGAUGAACAGAUCAUGGAGGAUCUAAGAACAUUAAACAAGCUUAAAUCUCCGAAAAGACCAGGUACGGACGUUUUGUCUUUUAGAGUGUCCCCGUCUUCUCCAGUGGAGCACCUCCCGUCAACUCCAGUGGACGUCCCAUCCCAGCGUUAUGAGGCACGGAUAGAGGAGGGCAAACUCUACUAUGAUAAGAGAUGAUCUGGGUGAGAAAGACAAGUGACAGUACGAAGAUGAGGAUCUAUU